AUGGGUUCUCGAGGCAGAGACAUCGAACGCGAGCGUUUGUUAAAACGAAUUGCAGAGAAAAGGGCACGUUUGGAGGCCAGAGGCGAUCUUAAUAUUAAAGUUCCAAGGCUAACGGUUCCUUCGGAUUUUAAUAUUCAAGAUCGGAAUGUUUUUUCAUUACCUCCUGAAAUUUUGCGGCCCGUUAUAGCGUCUUCAUAUCCCAAAUAUCGUAAAAAAGUAGCAGAGCAAAAGAAAAGAGAUGAGGAAUUGAAAAAUAAGCUGAAGUCUUACACCGAGUUGCGAAAGCAACGGGAAGAAUUCAGGAAACGACUUGUCGACUUAAUUGUCAAUAAAGACGACGAUGCCGAAGUUGAUCCAAACCAAAUACCAUCAGCAGACGAGCGCGAAAUUUUGCGCUACUAUUACUACAUCAAAUAUGGUGUUGAUACAAUACAUGUAGCUCCACUAGACAUAAAAGUGCUAAAUAGGGUGUUAGCAUUAGUUCCUAGAAAAUUAAUGAAAUGGGAGCAAACUCUUGAAGCUUCUAUCGAAGACAUGAAAACUGAUUUCAUGAUGGCGGUCAAAAAAGCUAUAGUCGAUUUUGUCCUCCAAGACCCUGCAUUUGUUAAAGUUGUGGCGGAAAAAGAAUCGCCACAUAAAAAAGAACUGAAAGAUAUGGUUCUAACUGUAAAAAAUGUCAUACAGACGGCUAAAGCUAAACUGGAACGAGAUCUUCACGUCAUUAAUCCCUGUCUAGCGGCCAUCUUGGACAUUUGGUAUAGUAGAUUUAGAAAACUUCGAUUGGUUGACACGAAGGAGUUAAUGGCCCACGAAGGCGCGUUCAGUCUCGAAGAAUUUAAAUGGACAAUCAACAACCAAAUCGAUGCUUGCAAACAAACACUUAUGAACGACUAUUACGCCGCAGUGACUGAUGUUUUUCUACAAGGGAGUAAAAGGAAUUUACUUCCCGACCCAGCUAAACCCAAGCGGAUGAAAUCUUUUUACAACGCUGUAGCGACAAUAAUGACAUAUAAUUUGCAAACUCUUUGUCUAAAAUCGUUAUACGACUACAUUAGCUACAUUACUGACAUUAAAUACUCGAAUAAAGGAUUUAUAAUUCAUUUGCACCAGAAAGUCAACACGUUAGUGUUCGAGCCUCCAUUUAAACACUUCACUGAUGCUUUACUCAAUGUGAUUGACUUUAUUAUCGAAGCUGUAAUGACAGUACCGAGACUCGAAUGCCGACUUUAUUUAGAUGCGGGCCAAGAAGUGUAUUUAAAACCAACGAUUCCGGAACUCACUGUUGGUAAUUACAGACAACAAAUAAGAGAUUUGUUGGAGAAUCAGAGAAUUGGGCCGGAAUUACGUGUCCAAGAUUUUGAUGAGUACAUGCCGCUAAUAAACGGAGAAGACGAGGAAUGGAUUAACCAAUUUUUAGCUGAAGAUCGCUCGUUUGAUGAAUACGUUGAGGAAAUUUUGCGGUACAAGCAAAUUAUUGACGAAAUCCCGAUUGUUAAAGAACAUGUUAUUACGAUGGAAAUGUACGAUAUGGAACGGUUCGAAAUGAUUAAGGCUCUAGUUGCAGCCGCUGAGAAUUUUAAGGACAUUCUCAUCAAACGUUGUACUAAAGACUACCAGUCUUUGUGCAAGGCACUCGGUGAAGAAUAUCAAGCUAUUGCCGAAAAAUCUUUAAAAACGCCGGCAAAUACGGCAGAAUUGAUGGCUUUGAUUCGUUUCGUUGAAGAUACUGAAGCCACCACUCUUCCUGAAAUGGAAGACCGGCUUAGAAUCGUCCUGAAAUAUAUGCUUUUCCUAUCAGACCAUGCCAUAUUCACUCCCAUUGAAAUGAAGCAGAACAAUAUCACGUUCUUGUGGUACUUGCGAAUGCCGCGAGUUAUUGAAGAACAUCGGCAAUUGGUCGAUGUCAAGAUGGAAGAAUUCCAAGCUUCUUUAGCCGCAAGAAUUCAGAAGUUUGUCGACGAUUUGCAGCUCUAUGCCAAAAUGGUCGAAGAGCUCCAACACAAUGGAAACAUCGACGACUUGCCUCGCUACCACAAGAAAGCCACUCAGCUUGAUAACAGACUGAUAACAGCAAUGGAAAAAAUUGAUGCUUUCAAUGAAGAAGAGGCUGCUUUCGGAUUCGAACUCUCCCAAUACCCUCUCAGGAAACAAACGCACGAUAAAUUAACCCCAUACAAGAAACUGUACGAUAACGCUAUGGAGUUUUUGACCAAGUACGAAUUGUGGAUGAAGUCACAAGUCGGAACGUACGAUCCGGAGGAAAUCGAACAGGAUGUGGCCCAAUGUUACCGAAACGUUUACAAGUUGGAGAAAGUGUUUUCCGACCGACCGGCAACACAACAAUUGGCCACAACAGUGCGAACCCAAAUAGAGGAGUUUAAAGAGCACAUGCCAAUCAUACAAACGCUCGGAAAUCCGGGAAUGAAGCCGCGACAUUGGGAGAAAAUUUCGGAAAUUGUUGGUUUUCCCAUUAAAGUUGACGCAGAGCUCACGCUCGAGAAAAUCAUCGAUUAUGGUUUGGACGAGUAUAUUGACAAAUUUGAGGCGAUUUCUGAGGCUGCGACUAAGGAAAACAACCUCGAGAAGAAUCUGAGUAAGAUGAUGACUGAGUGGCAGGACAUGGAAUUUGUGGUUCACGCGUACAGAGAUACUGGUACUUAUAUUUUAUCAGCGGUUGAUGAUAUUCAAGUCCUGCUGGACGAUCACAUUGUCAAGACGCAAACCAUGAAGAACUCGCCUUAUAUCAAACCGUUUGAGAAGGAAAUUCUUUCGUGGGAAGCUAAGCUACAAUUGCUGCAAGAAAUUCUGGAUGAGUGGUUGAAAGUGCAAUCAACUUGGAUGUACCUUGAACCGAUAUUUAGUUCGCCUGAUAUUCAGCAACAAAUGCCGGAGGAAGGCCGCCGGUUUAGUGCAGUUGACAAGAUUUGGAGAGACUUGAUGAAAACUGUGAAUGCCGACUGUCGUGUCUUGUCUGUGGUGGAAAUCGACAAGAUGCUAGAACGUCUCAAGAAGUGUAACAGCCUUUUGGAGAUGAUCCAAAGAGGCCUGAAUGACUAUUUGGAGAAGAAGCGACUUUAUUUCCCGCGAUUCUUCUUCUUGUCGAAUGACGAAUUGUUGGAGAUUUUGUCCGAAACCAAAGACCCGACCAGAGUGCAACCACACUUGAAGAAGUGCUUCGAAGGCAUCGCCAAACUCACGUUUACCGAAGAUUUGGAUGUGACUGAGAUGAAGUCGAGUGAAGGCGAAGUUGUACCUCUCGUUGAUGUGAUUCAGACUGCGCUAGCGCGAGGUCAAGUCGAAAAAUGGUUAGUUGAAUUGGAAACAGAUAUGAAGAAAUCCGUUCAUAAGAUGGUACAUGAGGCUGUUAAAGAUUACGUGAAACGUGUUCGGGAACAAUGGGUUUUAGUAUGGCCUGGCCAAACUAUACAAUGCAUUUCGAUGACUUACUGGACUCUGGAGGUGCACAAAGCUAUUGAAACUGGCACCCAAGCUAUGAAAACCUACUUGGAGAAAUGUACCGAACAGAUCGGAAAAAUCGUCGACCUUGUUCGCGGCAAACUAAAUGCCCAAAAUCGGAUCACACUCGGAGCUUUGGUCGUUUUGGAUGUCCAUGCUCGGGACGUUCUUGCUGAAAUCAUAACACUAGGUGUGAAAAACGUGACCGAUUUCAAGUGGUUGUGCCACUUGCGUUACUACUGGGAGGAAAAUAAUCUCAAAACUUCAAUGAUCAAUUCGACUUUGAAGUACGGUUACGAAUAUUUGGGUAACACCACAAGACUUGUGGUGACACCUUUGACCGAUCGGUGCUACCGUACCUUAUUUGGCGCCUUACAUCUUCAUUUAGGUGGAGCUCCUGAAGGCCCAGCUGGGACCGGCAAAACCGAAACCACCAAAGACUUGGCAAAAGCCGUAGCCAAACAAUGUGUCGUGUUUAACUGUUCGGACGGUCUGGAUUACAUAGCUUUGGGUAAAUUUUUCAAAGGUUUGGCAUCGUGUGGCGCUUGGUCUUGUUUCGACGAAUUUAACCGAAUCGAUUUGGAAGUACUUUCAGUAGUAGCACAACAGAUUUUGACCAUUCAGAGAGGCAUCAAUUCGGGAAACGAAAAACUGUUCUUUGAGGGAACCGAACUGACUCUUGACCCGACCUGUGCUGUUUUCAUCACAAUGAAUCCGGGUUACGCCGGACGAUCGGAACUACCCGAUAAUUUGAAAGCUUUGUUCAGAUCUGUGGCUAUGAUGGUGCCCGAUUACGCCCUCAUUUCGGAAAUUGAACUUUAUGCGUCCGGUUUUCUCACGGCUAAGCCUUUGGCGGUUAAAAUUGUAGCGACCUAUAGGCUUUGUUCCGAACAGUUGUCCUCUCAGUGUCACUAUGACUACGGUAUGAGGGCCGUUAAGUCGGUUUUAAGGGCCGCAGGAGCGUUGAAAUUGAGAUAUCCUGAUGAGCAGGAGGAUAUUUUAGUUCUCAGGUCAAUCAAGGAUGUGAAUUUGGCCAAAUUCUUAAAUAUGGAUGUGCCCCUGUUUCAAGGCAUUACUUCUGAUUUGUUCCCGGGUGUUAUUUUGCCGGAACCUGACUAUGUCAUAAUGAACCAAGCAGUUGACGAUGCUUGUAAGACGGCCAACAUUCAAAACACGCCAUUUUUCCUAGAGAAGGUACAACAGUUGUACGAAAUGAUUAUUGUUAGGCACGGUUUAAUGAUUGUUGGUUUGCCAUUUGGUGGCAAAACCACGAGUUAUCGGAUUCUUGCCGAUGCUUUGGCCCUUAUUGAGGAGAGAGGUGGUAUGGAUGAACAUAGAGCUAUUUAUACAGUCAUGAACCCGAAAUCCAUCACCAUGGGACAACUCUACGGUCAGUUUGACCCAGUGUCCCAUGAAUGGUCAGACGGGGUCCUAGCUGUGAGCUUUCGUCAAUUUGCCAUGUCCACAACUGACGACAGAAAAUGGUUAAUUUUUGACGGUCCGGUGGACGCAGUUUGGAUAGAAAACAUGAAUACGGUUUUGGACGAUAAUAAAAAAUUGUGUCUCAUGUCUGGCGAAAUUAUUCAAUUGGCAAACACCACUAACUUGAUUUUUGAACCAAUGGACUUGGAAGUGGCUUCUCCUGCGACUGUUUCCAGAUGCGGGAUGAUCUACAUGGAGCCAGCUUCGCUAGGAUGGGAACCACUUCUGAUAUCAUGGCUGAAUAAUCUCCCGGCGUUUAUUAAUACAGAUUUUUAUAAAACAAUGAUUAAGACUUUAUUUGUGCGAUUCUGUAAGCCACUGUUGUGGUUGUUGCAUAAAGGCGGGCUAAAAGAAAUUGCAUCUACUUCUCAGACUAAUUUACUGCGAGCCACGAUGAAUUUAUUUGAUUGCUUUAUGGAUGACUAUCACGAUGAGAAAUACCGCGAGCAAGUCAGCGAUUUGGACGUGAGGGCCCAAAUUGAGGGUUCGUUCUUUUUUGCGUGCAUUUGGUCAAUGGGAGGGACUCUGGAUGCGGCCAGUCGGCCAAAAUUCAAUUUGCUCUUCCGCGCGUUAUUAGAGCGGGAAUUUCCCGAGAAAGUCCGCGAAGAGUUGCACAUUCCCUUCGAAAUCGCCAAACCUGAGAAGCCUUACAUUUUUACGAUACCAAUCGGGGAAACAGUGUUCGAUUAUCGAUACAUAAAAGAGGGCAAAGGAAAAUGGAAACUUUGGUCUGAUGAACUGGCGUCAGCUCCGCCAAUUCCCAGAGACAUUCCUGUAAAUCAAAUAAUCGUCCCCACUGUGGAGACCAUCAGAAAUAUCACAAUAAUGCAAUUACUGGUGCAACACCAAAAAGCUAUGAUGAUUAUUGGUCCGACGGGAACCGGAAAAUCGUGUUACGUUACCGAUUUCCUGCUGAAAAAGAACGACACUAACACUUAUAAACCCGUUUUUAUCAGCUUUUCGGCGCAAACCACCGCCAAUCAAACGCAGGACAUAAUUAUGGCAAAGCUGGAUAAACGAAGAAAGGGCGUUUUCGGGCCUCCGGUCACUAAAAAAUGUGUUAUUUUCGUCGAUGAUGUUAACAUGCCCUUGAAAGAGGUCUACGGGGCGCAGCCGCCCAUUGAACUGUUAAGACAAUGGUUUGAUCACGAAAUGUGGUACGAUCGGAAGGAAAUCGUCCCAAUUAAACUUGUAGAUAUUCAAUUUAUGUGUGCCAUGUGUCCUCCCACAGGGGGUGGAAACACUAUCACACCUCGAUUUUCACGACAUUUUAACCACUUAUGUAUCGAUGAGUUUCAGGAAAAUGUUUUGAUUCAUAUUUUCAGCAAAAUUAUGCUGUGGCAUCUGGAUACAAGGGGAUUUUCCAAAGAGUUCGACCCGUGCAUUCAACAGAUCGUCUUGGCGACUCUCGACAUCUACAAAAUGGCAAGGGCCAAUUUGCUUCCAACACCGGCGAAGUCGCAUUACCUGUUCAAUUUGCGAGAUUUCUCCAGAGUGAUACAAGGCGUGCUUUUAUCGGUGCCUGAAGCCAUGGAGGAUUUGGUGGCAAUGAAGCGUCUGUGGGUCCAUGAAGUGUUGCGGGUGUAUUACGACCGGCUGGUGGACGACGCGGACAGGUCAUGGAUCGUGGAGGCUUUAAGGGAGGUCACCUCGCAGCAGUUGGAGGAGAACUUUGACACGAUGUUCGAGCGAUUGGCCUCGGCGGAGUCGUCGAUAAUAGGGGAAACUGAGCUGAGGAAUUUGUUGUAUUGCGAUUUUGCGAAUCCGAAAGCCGAUCAGAGACAUUACAUUGAAGUGCUCGAUUUGGAGCAGUUGAAGGAGAUCGUGGAGGGUUAUCUUGCCGAGUUUAACAACAUGACUAAAAAGCCGAUGAAUUUGGUGCUUUUCAGAUUUGCGAUUGAACAUUUAUCAAAGUUGUGUCGGAUAUUGAAGCAGCCGAGGAGUCACGGUCUUUGCGUCGGGGUUGGGGGUUCUGGCAGGCAAUCGCUCACACGUCUUGCGGCUCAUAUUUCCGAAUACGAACUCUUCCAGGUCGAGAUCACCAGGUCUUAUGGAGUCGCCGAAUGGAGGGAGGACGUUAAAGUGAUUUUACGGAAAGCGAGUGCGACGGAUCAACACGGAGUUUUCCUAUUCACCGACUCGCAAAUAAAAGAAGAAGGCUUCCUGGAAGACAUCAGCAAUUUGAUGAAUUCCGGAGAAGUUCCUAAUAUAUUUACAGGCGAGGAACGCGUCGAACUGUGUGAAAAGAUGCGACAGUUGGACAGGCAAAGAGACAAGUCGCUGCAAACCGAUGGAAGUCCGGUCGCACUCUACAACUUUUUCGUGCAAAUCGUCAAGGAACAAUUACACAUUGUGUUGGCGAUGAGUCCGAUAGGAGACAGUUUCAGGACACGAAUACGAAAAUUCCCAGCUAUUGUGAAUUGCUGCACGAUAGAUUGGUUCCAAGCGUGGCCUGAAGACGCCUUAUUAGCCGUAGCAACGCGAUUCUUGGGAGAAAUUGAUUUGGAAACGCGGGAAAGAGACGUCUGCAUUGACAUGUGCCAAAUGUUUCACACAACAACUCAACAACUUUCCGACGAGUAUUACACAAGAUUACAACGCCAUAAUUACGUUACUCCCACAUCUUACUUGGAGCUAAUAAACACCUUCAAAACUUUCCUUAAUAGAAAACGACAGGAAGUCCUCACCGGGAAAAAACGCUACGAAGUCGGUUUAGAAAAACUCGAACAUGCAGGAUCACAAGUUUCCGUCAUGCAAGCAGCAUUGGAAACUCUGCAACCAGCUUUGGUCGAAGCCGCAGCUAAAGUUUCGGAAACAUUGGCAAAAGUCGAAGCUGAAUCGGCCGAAGCGGCCGAAGUCGAAAAAACAGUCAUGGCUGACGAAGCCAUUGCCAAUGAACAAGCCCAAAAGGCACAAGCCAUUAAAGACGAAUGCGACGCCAACCUAGCUGAAGCAAUGCCAAUUUUAAACGCAGCUCUCGCAGCUUUAAACACACUAACAACUGCUGAUAUCGCAGUCGUUAAAACCAUGAAAAGUCCUCCGAAAGGAGUCAGACUCGUGAUGGAAGCAGUCUGUAUUUUAAAAGACGUCAAACCCGAAAAACUACCACUACCGAGUGGUAUAGGCACCUAUGAAGACUACUGGGGGCCUUCAAAAAAAGUCCUUGGUGAUAUGAAAUUUUUGGAUAGUUUAAUCAACUAUGAUAAGGAUAACAUACCGCCAAAAAUCAUGGCAAAGCUUGCCGAAAAAAUCCUAAAUGACGAAAGUUUCGAUCCUGAGAAAAUUAAAGUCGCCUCGACCGCAGCCGAGGGUUUGAGUAAAUGGGUUAUUGCAAUUUCGAAAUAUGACAAGGUGGCGAAAGUCGUGGCUCCGAAGAAACUGGCGUUAGCUGCGGCCGAAGCCGAGUUUCAGACCGCAAUGACCGCUCUUGAAAUCAAAAGACAACAAUUGCGGGACGCCCGUGAAAAAGUCGCAAAACUGGAGGCUUUGCUUGAAGCGGAGAAUAAAAAGUUCCAGAAUUUGACCGAUGAGGUGAAUUUGUGUACGUUGAAGUUGCACCGAGCUGAGGAACUAAUCGGGGGGCUUGGAGGUGAAAAGACGAGAUGGAUGGCAACGGCCAAGGCUUUAGGCGAGAGGUAUUACAUGUUGACGGGGGAUAUUCUGAUUGCCGCCGGUGUUGUGGCGUAUUUGGGGCCGUUUACGCUACAGUUUAGGAAUAAACAGAUUGAGGAGUGGAUUCAUGCUUUGAUUGGGUUCAAUAUCGUGUGCUCGAAGGACUUUUCGUUGACUGCGACUUUGGGAGAGCCGGUCGAAAUCAGGGCUUGGAAUAUUUUUGGACUCCCGACUGAUAGUUUCAGUAUUGACAACGGGAUAAUUAUCAAAAACGCGCGACGGUACGCUUUGAUGAUUGAUCCGCAAGGACAGGCCAAUAAGUGGAUCAAAAACAUGGAAAAGUCUAAAAAUUUGGCAAUCAUUCGGUUAAAUCAGCCCGAUUAUGUUAGAAUCCUCGAGAAUGCCAUCCAGUUCGGGCAACCGGUGCUUUUGGAAAACAUCGGCGAAGAGCUGGACCCGAUUUUGGAGCCGGUCUUAGCCCAGCAAAUUUUUAAACAGAGUGGAGCGCUUUGCUUAAAGUUGGGUGACUCGGUUGUUGAGUAUAAUCCCGAUUUUAGAUUGUUCAUAACGACAAAACUGCGAAACCCUCAUUACAUGCCCGAGGUGGCAGUUAAAGUGACUUUGGUAAACUUUAUGAUAACAACUGUAGGGUUGGAGGACCAACUGUUGGGCAUUACGGUGGCUAAGGAACGGCCCGACUUGGAGGCCGAGAAAAAUGCUCUCAUUCUUCAAGGAGCUGAGAAUAAACGAGCGUUGAAAGAGAUCGAGGAUAAAAUUCUGGAAGUUUUGAGUACUAGUCAAGGUAAUAUUUUAGAGGACGAAACUGCUGUUCAGAUUUUGAGUUCGUCCAAGACUCUCUCGAAUGAGAUUGCGGCAAAGCAGGCGAUUGCAGAAGUAACUGAACAGCAAAUUGAUAAGGCCAGAAUGGAGUAUAAACCGAUAGCUGUUCAUUCCGCGAUAUUAUUUUUUACGAUCGUCGAGUUGGCAAACAUCGAUCCCAUGUAUCAAUACUCGCUGGUGUGGUUCAUGAACCUAUUUAAGGCCGCUAUUGACAAUACGGAAAAAGUCGAUGAUGUUGUUGAGCGUUUGGCUGAUUUGGAAAAAUACUUCACUUACUCGCUUUACGUUAAUAUUUGUCGAAGUUUAUUCGAGAAAGAUAAACUGUUAUUUUCACUUUUGCUCGCUGUCAACUUGCUGAAAAGUCGCGACGCUAUCGAUUUGUCCGAAUGGAUGUUUCUUUUAACGGGAGGUGUUGGCUUAGAUAAUCCUAAUGUAAAUCCCUCCGACUGGCUGGUGACUAAAUCCUGGGAUGAACUGUGUCGACUCGACGAGUUCCCGGCUUUCGUAGGGAUAAAAGACAGUUUUGGGCAAAACUUGGACAAAUGGAAAGCGAUGUUUGAUUCGGUUGAGCCUCAAGACCACCCUUUGCCGCCGCCUUGGGACACGAAGCUAUCAAAGUUUCAAAAAAUGCUAGUCCUUCGUUGCAUCCGAUUUGAUAAAGUUGUGCCCGCCAUCCAGGAAUUUGUCACAGAUAAUUUGGGGAAGAAAUUUAUCGAGCCCCCUCCGUUUGAUUUAUACUCGUCGUUUACCGAUUCCCACUGCUGCAUUCCCUUGAUUUUCGUUCUAACCCCUGGAGCCGAUCCGACGGCAGUUUUGCUGAAAUUCGCCGACGAUCAGGGCUUCGGAGCGGCGCGAUUAUUUGCGUUAUCGCUGGGGCAAGGCCAAGGGCCUAUCGCUGUUAAAUUGAUAGACGAAGGGAUCCGUAACGGCACUUGGGUAGUCCUUCAGAACUGUCAUUUGGCGAAAAGUUUCAUGCCGACGCUCGAGCGGAUUUGCGAGAACUUGACUCCGGAUUCAACACAUCCGGACUUUCGGCUGUGGUUGACUUCGUACCCCGCCGAUCAUUUCCCCGUUCUCGUUUUACAAAACGGCGUUAAGAUGACGAACGAGCCGCCGAAGGGGUUAAGAGCCAAUAUAAUCCGAUCCUAUUUGAGCGAUCCUAUAUCUGAUCCUGAAUGGUUCGAGAGUUGCACACAGAGCGUCCCUUUUAAGAGACUCCUCUACGGUCUCUGCUUCUUCCACGCCUCGGUGCAGGAAAGGAGGAAAUUCGGGCCUCUGGGCUGGAAUAUUCCCUACGAGUUUAACGAGACGGACUUGAGAAUCAGCGUGAUGCAGCUUCUCAUGUUUCUGAACGAGUACGAGGACAUCCAAUACGACGCCUUGCUGUACUUGACUGGAGAAUGCAACUACGGCGGUCGAGUGACGGACGAUUGGGACAGGAGAUGUCUCUCGACGAUACUCCGGAAGUUUUAUUGCAAGGAACUCGUCGAAACUCCGAAUUACCCUUUUGAUCCUACGAAAAAAUAUUACUGUCCAGACAAGGAGGAUUAUGAAGAAUUCAUGGAGUAUACAAAAUCGCUACCUUUGAUCACUCAUCCGGAAGUAUUCGGAAUGAACGAAAACGCAGAUAUUAUGAAAGAUCAACAGGAAACAAAUUUGAUGUUUAGCAGUAUUUUGCUCACGCAGGAUAGGACCGACGCGUGGAAAUUAAAGGAGCUAAUUAGGGCGAGGGAUGCUCUCUCGACUGGGGGCAGUACGAAGGCCCCCGACGACAUAGUGUUGGAGGUGGCCGCCGAUAUUUUGGCCAAAUUGCCUAAAAAUUACGACCGCGACGCAGCAAUGGAGAAAUACCCGACUUUGUACGCCCAAAGCAUGAACACAGUUUUGGUGCAAGAAAUGAACCGAUUCAACCGUCUCCUGUCCGAAAUCCGGACAAGUUUAAUAAACGUAGGCAAAGCAAUAAAGGGUUUGAUCGUAAUGUCUCCAACUUUGGAGGAAGUGACCGUUAGUAUUCUGACUGGGAGGAUUCCGCACUUGUGGAUGAAAAAAUCGUAUCCUUCGCUGAAGCCGUUGGGGAGUUAUGUGAACGACUUCUUGGCACGUUUGGCCUUCUUGCAGAAAUGGUAUGAGGAAGGCGCCCCUUCGACGUAUUGGUUAUCGGGGUUCUUCUUUACGCAGGCUUUCUUGACAGGGGCUCAACAGAAUUACGCAAGGAAGUAUAGAAUACCGAUCGACUUGCUUGCAUUUGAUUACGAGGUCAUGAGGGAGACACAUGUAACUGCAGCGCCCGACGAUGGGGUGAUAGUCUACGGACUGUUCUUAGAUGGGGCCAGGUGGGACAAAAAUUUGAUGAUUUUGGAGGAGUCUCUGCCCAAAGUUUUGUACGAUGUUGUGCCACAUAUUUGGAUGAAACCCAUGAAACGGGAUGACAUCAAGCCGAAGGAAACUUAUUUGUGUCCGGUUUAUAAAACUUCAGAGAGACGAGGGGUUUUAUCAACGACGGGUCACUCCACCAACUUUGUAAUAGCAAUGACACUGCCAACCAGAAAGCCGGAAAAGCACUGGAUAAUGCGAGGUGUUGCUAUGCUGUGUCAAUUAUCGCAGUAAUGGUGAAAAAGGAUAAUUUAGGUCAUUUUUCAUAUUUAUAUUGUGAUAGAUGGGUUUUGCGUAUUUACAUUUUAUUUACGACUGGAUGCACUUUUGUAUCGCUUUUUGCAAAUAUAUUUUUAUUUUUUA